AAAGGAAAGGAAGCAUUAUUGCACCCGAAAACCCAGCUGCUCAGAGCGAGCAAUGGACCACGCAACAGGUGCCAUGGGCAGCCUGCUCCUCAAGCUCGGUGAACUCCUCAAGGAGGAAAACGAACUGCAGAAGGGCAUCAAGGAAGACGUCCAGUAUCUUCAAAGAGAGCUGAGGAGCAUGCACGCUGCCCUCCGCAAGGUCGGGGACGUGCCACGGGACCAGCUCGACGAGCAAGUCAAGCUCUGGGCAAACGAGGUCAGUGAUCUUUCAUAUAGAAUGGAGGAUACCAUCGACAAGUUCCUGAUACGUGUUGAGGGCCCUGAGCUUGACGACAAGCCGCACAAGCUCAAACAGCUCGUGAAGAAGAUGUGUGACUUGUUCACCAAGGGUAAGGCGCGACAUGCCAUCGGAAAAGAGAUCAAAGGCAUCAAGGCCAGCGUCCAGGAGGUGGCUGCCCGGCGUGACCGGUACAAGGUCAAAGAUGUGGUUCCUAAUCCAACUGGCCAAAUCAUGGUUGACCCUCGCCUAUCAGCUCUGUACGAGGACCGGAAAGAGCUCGUUGGCAUUGAUGAUUCAUUGAAUGAGCUAACCGAGAAGCUGAGUGACGGGGAUGGUGAUCUGUCCAAGCAACUCAAGAUACUCUCUGUUUUUGGCUUCAGAGGCCUUGGCAAGACAACUCUUGCCAAAGCAUUGUAUGAUAAUGGCCACGCGCAGUUUGAUUGCAGCGCUUUUGUUCCGGUAGGACAGAACCCUAGCGUGAAGAAAAUUCUCAAUGACAUACUCAAUGAAAUUGAUGGGAAAAAGUGCUUGGAGUUGGAUGAAAGGAAGCUAAUCAACAAACUCCGAGGGUUACUCGAGAACAGAAGGUUAUUUUCCGUUGUACGCACUCGCUUCGUACGUGGUGUACGCUACAACGAGCGGAGUACCAACCGUUGUUCAAGGCGGUGUGUACGAUGUUGGAGCAGGUGGCUACGGAGGUUUUUUCCCAACAUGGAUGGCAGCGUAAUCUCCGGCUCGGUCCACCAUCUCUUUUAACAUAGGCAUAGUCUCGGUCUAUGGACUCUAUGGUUGCCGAAUUGUCGGUCUUUUAUCUUUCUGUUUAUCAGACUACUGGUGUUUGGCUGUGUGCAUCCUAGUUAUGCAGAGGCCGGGUGAUACUCUUAAUGCUUUGUAUCACUUUGAUGCUAUAUUUUGAGAUAAUAAAAGCGCCAUUUAUCAA